AUGCGGACCGUUCUUCUUCUCCUUCUUUUCGCUUCGGCGAUUGAGGUGCUCUGUGAGGAGUUCUCGGAACAAGGAAAACUGAAUCUGUUGAAUGCUCAUAAUGAAUACCGUUCUCGUCUCGCGCAAGGUCAACUUGUGGUUCGUGGAGUCAAGAAACCAUCUGCAUCUCGAAUGAGGAAAAUGUCUUGGAGUGAUAAAAUAGCUACCGCAGCUCGACUCUUUGCGGAAACUUGUCCAAAAAACCAUUCUGACAUCAAGCAGCUAGCAGCUCAAAGAUUCCAAAUUGGACAUGCUAUUCAAAUGGCUUGGCAAGACACAAGUAAAGUUGGAUGUGGUUACUCGAAGUGCUCCGUGGGAGCUCCUGAUCAAACACUCGUCGUCGUUUGCCGCUACUUCCAAAAAGGCAACAUUGAAGGACUGCCGAUUUACGACGAGGGGAAAACCUGCUCGAAAUGUCCAAAGCACUACCAAAAGUGUCCAUUCGGAUUGUGUGAGAAGGAAGGAAUUAACACUGAUUGA